AUGCAGGACUUAUUCGGUGAUGACCUAUUGGCAACUCAGGGCGAUAUAUUUUCACCAGAAGGAGUUGUUGAAUUUCAGGGUGAACAAAUCUCCAUUGCUAGUCUCGCCACCCCUCCUGCGCUUCUGGUUCAGAAGAUCACAUGGGAGUUGUUCAAACUUGGCUUUUGGUACAAGUUGAGGGAUCUCGAUUGUUACUUGGCAUGGGGAUGCUGGGACAAUGAUACAGUCGGUCGUGAGCAGCUCCUCCAUAGCAUCUUCCUGGGCGAGGCUGGUUUAGUGAUGUGGUCAGAGUCGUUUCCGUUGGAGACCUAUGGGUUGUGGAACAACACCUUGAUGGGCUGUCUUCCUUACCUUGAGAAUUUCCGGCGACUGCUUUGCGAUUGGGAUGACGUGCUGCCUUGUCUUACGACACCACUGACCUCAGACAAUUUCACAGAUACGAAGUCCUGGGAGGUUAAGCGUGUGGUGACGACAUUUUACGUUCAAACAUUCUUUGAUCAUUUUGGCAGGCCUCCCAUCGUACCCCAUUUGCUCCCCAUGCAAUCAUGA